AUGCUUAGCAAAAUUUUAAAGAAGGCCAACAAGGUUUAAUAUGCUAAUUUCGCUACUGCUAAAUAUAGAUUAGCCAAGGACAUUCCUGCUGGAGUUGAAACUUAGCAUAUGAACUUAUUUUAAGCAGUUAACAACGCUUUAGAUAUUGCUUUACAAACAGAUAAAACAGCUUGCUUAUUCGGUGAAGAUGUCAAAUUCGGUGGUGUAUUCAGAUGCAGUUUGGGUUUGAAUGAAAAAUAUGGAACUGAUAGAGUUUUCAACACUCCUCUUUGUGAAUAAGGUAUUGCUGCUUUUGGUAUUGGUUUAGCUACUAACGGAGUCACUGCAAUUGCUGAAAUUCAAUUUGGUGAUUAUAUUUUUCCUGCUUUUGAUCAAAUUGUCAAUGAAGCUGCUAAAUACAGAUUUAGAUCUGGUAAUUAAUUUGACUGUGGAUCUUUAACAAUUAGAACUACUUGGGGUGCUGUCGGCCAUGGUGCUUUGUAUCACUCUUAGUCUCCUGAAGCUUACUUCGCCCACACUCCUGGUUUGAAGGUUGUUAUUCCCAGAGAUCCCAUAUAAUGCAAAGGUUUGUUAUUAGCCAGUAUUAGAGAUAAAAACCCAGUUAUUUUCUUUGAACCAAAGGCUCUUUAUAGAAAUGCUGAAGCUGAUGUUCCUGUGAUGGACUAUGAAUUAGAUCUCCAUGUUGCAGAUGUCAUCUAAGAAGGUACAGACAUCACCCUUAUUGCAUGGGGAACUCAAGUCAGAGUUAUCUAAGAAGCUGCUAAAUUAGCUAAAGAAAAAUUGGGUGUUAGCUGUGAAGUUAUCGAUUUAUAAACUAUUUAUCCUUAUGACAUUGAUACCCUUUAAAAGAGUGUAAAUAAAACUGGUAGAUGUAUUAUUAGUCACGAAGCUCCUAUUACUUGUGGUGUUGGUUCUGAAUUAGCUGCCAAUAUCUAAGAAAAGUGCUUCCUUAGAUUGGAAUCUCCUGUCAAGAGAGUUUGUGGUUUUGAUACUCCUUUCCCUCUUGUUCACGAACCUAUUUACUUACCUGAUAAGUGGAGAGUCUUUGAUGCCAUUAAGAAAUCUGUUAACUACUGA